GACAUCGGCGGGCCUCAGUUCAGAUGGCACUGCAGUUUUUCCUUGGCACUAUGGCAGCCCACGUGGGAAGACGACCAGUCCUGGCCUCAAAGUCUCGGCGGCCACAGCUCAACCGAGACUACUAGUAGGUAGGUGGCUUGACGCAUCCUGUUGGCACAGAGAAAAGCCUGCCGGCGUAUCAAGCAUGCGCACGUAUCGCCCCAGGGCCCGCUAUCAACCGUCGAUCUGGGUGAAACGUCAAGAGAUCGAGAUGCGAGCACUGCGACUUGCAAUUUUUCAAUUUUUUUUUUUUUCACAAAGUCGCCAGUCAAACAAUGGCGCUCUAGGUAGGGAUUGCUCGUGGGCCUGCAGCGCGAGAAACGUGAAGUGGGCGGCCGGCGAAAGGGGCUUCUGGAUGGAUGUGCCCGACCGAGCGGGCGAGAACCCAACGACAUGCCUCUGUUCCUUGAGGUUUGUCAAGGCCGGGGGAUCCCCGUCUUGGGCUUCUGCGGCACGGGCUUUCGAUAGAAUGCCCCCCCCCCCUUCGCCUUCGGGUCCGUCCCAGCCCAACUGCCAACGUUGUCUGACGGAGAUAUGGCUCGAGUGGGAUUGGGCAUCCCGAAGAGUUACGAGAGAUGCGCUGCUGGUGGAUGAAAAUUUUCCCAGCUGGCCAGCUUAGGAGCUGUUGGCUAGGCAAAACGAAGCGUCAGGAAGAUCAUUGCUCACGGCCAUGUCUCUCGGCAGGGGCUGUUUGGGCGAAUCCUUCCAGACGGGAUGGUCCUUGUCGGGGUAGAAAACGACGGGCCAUCAUCACAUCGCUACCAUCUACAUCGGGUGGUUUGCGCGGAUGGAUAGACAGCCAUCCCUUGUAUCAAGUUAUCGCAUGUCACAUUGCACACACACACAGCUAAGG